AUGAGUGGACAUCGAAAUCGUUAUAGAAGACGUCCAAAUUAUCAACAUAGACAGUACUAUCACCAAAUUCAUCAUUCACAGCAAAAUGUUCAAGAUUCUGCAAAAGUAUCACGGAUAAACACAUCAUUUUCAAGACUAUUUGAAGACACAGAUCCUGUAUACACUAGACGUCAGACAAAUAUCAACCAGCUGUUAUCUACACUAAGUGAAUCAUGCUCUGCCUGGGAAGCAAACCAAAUAUUUGAUUUUGUGACAAGAGAAUCUUUUGGUGGGUUAUCUGGGUUCGAGUCAAUAUUUGAAGAUUCCAGAGCACCUUUAUCAUAUAAAACAACUGUUGCUAAAUGUUUUGCUCAAAUAGCAGUUAAUUUGGGUAAUGAUAUUGGAUUUUAUUUUCGCUGGGUAUUUGAACAUUUACAAACUUCAACAGCUAGUACCAAGGAAAAAGAUAAAGAUCGUAAAUCCUGGAUAUUAUUAUCUUUAAGAGAGGUUUUUUCUAGAAAUUCAUAUGGAAUAUUACAGCCUUCUAUUGCUGGACUUAUUCAUGAUCUUGAAAGUUUAUUGGAUUCUAUGGAUAGUGCAGAUUGUUUCCCUGGAAUCCUGGACGUAUUGGAAAAAAUAGCUGAAAAAUAUCCAACUGAAUUUGGUGAAAGAUUCCAAGACAUUAUAGAUUUAUUGGUUGGUUGGUAUAUUGAUGCUUCAAUUUCGGAUGUUUUAAAUAAUCUUAUUGCAGACACUUUCAAAAGAUUAAGACCUAUUUGGUUAAGGCAAUUAAAUUUUGCAUAUGAUCUAAUGAGUCACUUCUUAACUGAUAUGGAGAUGUUAUCAAAGGUUAAUGUUUCACAAGAGGUGCCACCAAUAGAUAUAAAAUCAAAAAGUGGUAAUGGCGAAGGUGAAGGAAUACCAAACAAUCUAAAAUCAUUAUUAAGUUGUUUUCAUGCAGUGGCAGAUGCUGUUAGUGGAAUUUUGCCAUCAGUAUCAGUGAAUAAUCUUGAUAUUCAUAUCAUAAAUGACAUGUCUCAUCCUUUUGAUCAAUUAAGAUCAAAGGCUAUUAAAUUUAUAACUAACAUUGCUGAACUACAUGAAGAUCAGUCAUGGUUUGAGAAAGGAAAUCAAAUUAUUCUAUCUCUCAGUACAAUUAGAAAGCCAACAUUCAUUAAACUUCAAGUUUUAUGCACAAAGUUUUUUUUGCUACAAAUAAAAUUUGAUUCAAAAAAAGAAUUGUCAUUACAGUGUUUAGAUGAUUGGUUUGAUAGCUUUCUUCAGGUUUUAACACUAUGGACACCAUAUAUUCAUUUAGAAGUUAUCUUGAUUUUGGCAGAUCCUGAAUCGUCAUUAAUGAAACUUCGCUAUUUUUUAUCACACAGAACACAAAUACAUGCCGAUAUUUUUGAUAUUAUUCAUACUCUUUUUCAUAAUGCAGUGAAUAUUGACUUUCAUCUUAAGCAGAAAGAAAAUUAUCUAGUCAAUCAAUUAUAUGUAGAGAUAGGAAGCAUGUUAAACAUUUUAUUACAUGAUUCUAAGAAACAUGCACCAAAAGUUUCAAAUUGGGCAAAACUCAUGAGAUCAAAGGAACUUCAAAAUGAUAAUGACAAAUCUCUUAUCCAAUAUCUUGAUAGUUUAAGGUUUCUCUUGAAUAAAAAUGAUUACAUAAUAAAAGAUCAUAUAAUAGACAACAGAGUUGCCACAAUGAUAAUUUUAUUUGAUAUUGAGAUACUUUCUGAGAUUACUUGUGCACAAGAUCAUAAUAAUGAAGUGUUUUGGAUGAUUUAUUUAGUAUUAGAAAAGAUUGGCGAACAUGGGCAAAAUUAUUUUAUUAAUGAAGAAAUAAAUCAUAAUAAUAAAUUGUCAUCUGGUUUCAUAACUAUGGCUUCAAUUGUUAAUUCAUUCUUACAAUGCCCAAAUGAAUUAUCAUCGAAUGCUUUGUCUUUGGUGUUAACUUGGUUUCAAGAUGUCUUGACGUUUUCUCGAUCUUAUCAAUUUCAUUCUUUAGAUAUAAAAUUCCAAAUACAAAGUAAAUUAGAACCAAUUUUUUUUACACUUGUGAUUAUGACCAACAUUGUGAAAAAUCAUGAAAUAAAAUUACAAGUUCCAAAAAUAAUUCAAAAUUUUUUUGAUGUGUUUGGAUUCAUACAAUCGCAUCAAAGAAUUUUUUUUAAGAUAGCAAAUAGAGUCAAUGACUCUGACAUUAAUGUACAAAAUGAGUUUUCAAAAAUAUUAUUUUUUAUAAAUCCAUUUUUUGCAACCUUAAAAUUCGAACCUGUUUUAGAUAAGUUUAUACUGACUUUCAAGUCGAAUAUUGCUUCUACGAAUCAUCAAGGAAUUUUCAGGCCACCUCAUUUUCAGAUAGUUAUGACAUACUUUGGAAUGAAGGAUUUAUUAACAAGUCAAGAGGAAUUUGACAUCAACAAUUAUGAUAUUGGUUCAAAAGGUUCAUGGAAAACGAGAUUAUUUCAAUCUUGUCAGACAAUUGAAAAUUUUGAGAAAGGAAUAAUUGUAGAAGAAAAUGAUGAUUUCAAAUUUGAAUAUUCACAUACUGAUGUCAUGGCAGCAAUUGCAAAUUCCAAUGAGUUACUUACUUUUUGGAUAUUAUGGGAAGUUUCUCGUUAUUGUGUGCUUUCUCGAUUAAGAACACCUUUUGGUGGACCAAAACAAACAUUUGACGCAAUUGAAAAAAAAUUAAAUGAAUUUUUGGAAGAGGAUUUUAAUUCUAUCUUUGAUAAUUCUAACACUGAUCCCAAUAUACAUGAUAGAUUCAGUAGAAUUUAUCAAUUACAUGAUUUUUUAAAUUUGAUUGAUCGGUUAGAAUUACAAAUAUAUAAUGCAGCUGUUGGAACAGCACUGGGAAGAUUACCACAGGCACCCCGUGCAAGUAUUAUAUUUUUUCGUACAAAUCGUAAAGUUUGUGAUGAAUGGUUUUCUCGUGUCAGAACUGGAAUUAUAAAAGGGGCUAAAAUUGUUGGAGAUGAUGCUAUGGCUUUAAAACAUGGCUAUCAGUCUCUUUUGAAUCAAAUCAAUAUAUUAAAAGGCGAAGCGACUGUCAAUAGAAUGGAGUUACUGAUGGAAUUUCAAGAAACACUUAUGAAUAUUGUUCAAAGCCUUCAAAAAAUACAUGAACCUGAUAGCAUUGCUGGCUUAUUAGCAUGGAGUCAACGUAUCCUUUUGAACUUUGAAAAUCCCGAUUCAGGAAUUUCAUCAAUGAUCAAUGAGUCAUCUCUCGAAGAAAAAAAUCAUGACAAUUCAACUUUACAACCAUCAACUGCUUCUCUUGUAUUACUUCAGCGUAAACCAAACAAUAAAACUGUUCCUGCUCUUGCCCAUUUUUAUUGGGCAGAUGGUUCAUGCUCAUUUGCAGAAGCAAACUAUGAACUUUCUGUUAAACAGAGCAUUGAAUCUUUAAAUUGUCUUCUUGAAAUAGAUCCCGAGAUGCAAAUCAUCAACAGUUAUUGUAAGAUGGAUGACUUUUCAUCUCUUGGUGAAUGGUUGGAUCAAAAUGACAUUUGGGAAAUUACAAUGGAGUCUUUGACAGAAAGCAAUAAACGAUAUUUAGAGGCAUUGGCGGAUUAUAACAGUGGAAACUAUCUUCCCGCAUGGAAUUUGAUCGAAAAUGAACAACCAAAGUAUCAUAAUAAUCAUGAUUCGAUAUAUUUUGGACCAGAAUUCAUAACAAAUAUGUCUGAAUUUCGGAGAAGUCUAGCUAAAAUUGUUGACAGUUCACCGGAGGAUUUUAAUAAUGAUAAUUUAUCAAUAUCUUCAGUUUUGGAAAAAUUAUCAAAGUAUUCGGUUGAAGCCAACACAUUGUUUAUCAAUUCCAUCUCAUUAUUGGCUAAAACAAACUGUGAAAUAAAAGAUAACGAGAAGUAUUUAAUAGAGUUUCUUGACUACGUUAACUUUUGUCAAUUUUCUUCUUUUAGUACUUCAUUUUCUGGAGAUUUAGAAAUUUGGUCAACGCUUAAUAAAGCAGUUAGUCGUCAUCUUAAACAAAAUGGCUCGUUGCAAUCCAUCAAUAAUGCUGAUCUAGAAAGGAAUGUAGCAAUCUUCAAUCUUAUGACGGCAAAAGUAGCAAGGAAAAGCUCUGCAUUUAAAUUUUCUAAUUCUUUAUUAGAACAUUGGAAACAUGAAAGACCUGUUGAAGUAAAGUUUGAAAUUGCUAAAAUAUCAUUUGCUAUGGGCAAUCAACAAGAAGCAAUUCGCCAUUUAUGCACUAUACUACGCCAAAAAAAUAAAAUGGAAUCAUUAAAUUUAAUAUCAGACAGUAUCGUAUUUUGUCAAAAAGUAUACUUGAAACUUUCAAAAUGGUUACAAAUUUCUGGAUUACAAACUCUUAAAGAUUUGAAGAAGAGAGGCAUAAUUGAAUCGUGUUUGUCAUCAGCUAUUAAUUAUGAAAGUUCAUUCGAUAAAGCAUGGUUUGCUUAUUCUACUUAUAAUUAUCAACAUGGAAGACAAAUUUUGGAUGAUUUAGGGAAUGGGAAAGUUACUGUGAAUUUACUAGAAGUUGUUUGUAAUGAAAUUAAAAAAAUCAUAAAUGAAGACUUGUUGCUGUUAAAACAAGAAAACAAUAAUAAUUUAGAUUGGAGUAUAAUAUUUAAGAGUAUAUUCCGAUUUUUCUUUAAAAAAUUCGGAUCACAAUCUAAAUUUGAUGAUAAUUUUGUCACUGGUGAUGGUAAUGCUGGUACUGGUUCAGAACUUUUAGAAAUAUUGCCAGAAAUCUCCGAUGAAUCUAUCACUAGUAUCAUGAUAAUACUUGGUAAUUUACACCAAGAUCUUAUCACAUUUUAUAAAAACGCAGUUGAAGGUUAUUUUAAAUAUUUGCAAUUAGCUGAUAAUAAAAGAGUUUUUGACACCAAUUUCAAUAAUGAGGAUAAUCGUAAUAAAAAAUCAGAUAUUACUACAGCAACACUUAGACUUUUAAGAUUGUUAGUAAAACAUGGUGGUUAUUUAGAGACGCAAUUUGUUAAAGGAUUUAAUAACACAAGUAUUAAAGUUUGGGAAAACAUUAUUCCCCAAUUAUUUUCAAGAUUAGAUCAUCCAAAUGUUUUUGUUCAACAACAACUCUGCAAAUUACUUUGCACAAUUGCAGCAAAUUCACCUCAACUUGUCGUUUAUCACACGAUUGUUGCUUUUUCAUCUAGUGGCACAAGUGACCUGAAUAAACAAUUAUUGAAAAAGAUCGCAGAAAGUUUAGACAAGACUAAUGGUUUAUUGUUUGCUCAAAUUCAGCGUGUUAUCAAAGAACUUAAGCAAAUAACGGUUUUAUGGGAGGAACUUUGGCAUAACAAAAUCAGUGGUUUACAAUUGGAUGUGAAUAAGCGAUUGCAUAAAAUUGAGAAUGAAUUUGAAAGAAUCAACGAUAAUUUGAGUCUGACAUCAGAUCAAAAAAUCAAGUUUAUGAAAGAAAGUUAUGAUGUAACCAUGAAGCCUGUUAUUGUUGCCAUUGAACGACUAUACAAUUCAACAAUCGUAGUUGCUUCAACCCCUCAUGAAAAGUGGUUUUGUGAAAGUUAUGGCAUUCGUAUUCACAAGGCAUUCGAAAAAUUACGUACACCAAUGUCAUGGGAUACAAUUAAAGAUGGAUGGAACUUUUUUAGAAGUAUCGCAGAAAGUUUAGACAAGACUAAUGGUUUAUUGUUUGCUCAAAUUCAGCGUGUUAUCAAAGAACUUAAGCAAAUAACGGUUUUAUGGGAGGAACUUUGGCAUAACAAAAUCAGUGGUUUACAAUUGGAUGUGAAUAAGCGAUUGCAUAAAAUUGAGAAUGAAUUUGAAAGAAUCAACGAUAAUUUGAGUCUGACAUCAGAUCAAAAAAUCAAGUUUAUGAAAGAAAGUUAUGAUGUAACCAUGAAGCCUGUUAUUGUUGCCAUUGAACGACUAUACAAUUCAACAAUCGUAGUUGCUUCAACCCCUCAUGAAAAGUGGUUUUGUGAAAGUUAUGGCAUUCGUAUUCACAAGGCAUUCGAAAAAUUACGUACACCAAUGUCAUGGGAUACAAUUAAAGAUGGAUGGAACUUUUUUAGAAGUGAUUUAUCGAAAGAAUUGCAAACAAGCCGAACUUUAAAAUUGGCAGAAGUUAGUCCAUUUUUAAGCACGAUUAAUUCUUCCCUUAUUGACAUGCCAGGAUUACCAACUUAUUCUGAUCAUGUAACGAUUCAAUCAUUUGAUGAGAAUAUUAUUAUACUGCCAACUAAGACUAAACCCAAAAAAUUGAAUCUUUAUGGUUCUGACGGUCGUCAGUACGGUUAUCUUUUCAAAGGACUCGAGGAUCUUCAUCUUGAUGAGAGAAUGAUGCAAUUACUACAAAUUACUAAUGGAUUAUUUUUACGCGACAAACAAUCCUGUAAUCGUCAUUUAAAUGCAAGACAUUAUGCUGUCAUUCCUUUAGGUGAUCAUUCAGGAAUGAUCCAAUUGGUUGAAAAUGCUACACAAAUGUUUGUACUUUACAAGAGAUGGCAGCAUCGAGAACAUUUUGCUAAAGUCUUACAAAAUAGCAAUAACGAAGAUUCAGUUGAGAAUCCACAAAGACCUAGUGACAUUUUUUUUGAAAAGAUCAGCAAAGGUUUAAAGAAGGAAGGAUUUCCAAUUUCGACAUCAAGACGCAAUUGGCCGCAUUCCGUUCUCAAAUCAAUAUUCUUAGAAUUAGUUGCUGAAACUCCUUCAGAUUUAUUGGAGAAAGAAAUUUGGUCAUCAUGUACGAGUUCAGCGGAAUGGUGGUAUAAAAGUUUGUCCAUGUCUCGCUCUCUUGCAGUAAUGUCAGUUAUAGGUUAUAUAAUUGGUCUUGGAGAUCGUCAUCUUGAUAAUAUUCUGAUUGAUUUUGAUGCUGGUGAAGUUAUUCACAUUGAUUAUAAUGUAUGCUUUGAGAAGGGAAGAAAAUUAAGAAUCCCGGAAAUGGUUCCUUUCCGUCUUACUCAAAAUAUUGUGGCGGCACUUGGUGUUACCGGUGUUGAUGGAGUUUUUAGAAUUGCAUGUGAAAAUGUACUUAGAGUUAUGAGAAAAAAUAAAGAAAUGUUGCUUAUACUUCUCGAAGCCAAUAAUCAAAUAUUUAACGCAGGGCAUCUGGAAUCUUCAAAAGAGAUAGCUGGAAAGAGAACUUCUUCAGGACUUGGCAUAAUUGAAGAAGAUGUAGAAGGUUGGGAUAAUCCAUUUCAACAAAUUCAAAGUGGUAAAAAUAUUGGCGCAGUACGAAAUACAUUCGCUGUAAGUGUAAUUAGAAGAAUAAAAUCAAAACUCGAGGGAAAAGAUUUUGAUUCUGCCACUAAAAUGACUGUUUCUGACCAGGUUGAUAUAAUUAUAAAACAGGCAAUGGACAUUGAUAAUUUAUGUGUGAUGUAUGAAGGAUGGACAUCUUGGAUUUAA